AUGGCCCUGCGAGGACUGGCUCUGGCCUUUCUCCUGGUCCUUGCCCUUCUGUUGCUUGCAUGGGGCCAAAAGAACCCUGGUCCCAAGAACCAGGGGGAAUCCAAGGAAGCAGAAACGUGCCAAAGGCCUCGCUGGGGCCGAGGACUCCAGCUGGCACCAGACCAGGAAAAUUACAAGAAGAAUGAAGAAGUGAUGCUGAGCUGCCCUGAGGGUUUCCAGCCGUCCUUCACCCAUGUCAAAUGUAUGGGAAAAGUCCUGUUCAUUAGCAACGGGAAACCUGUACACAGAGAAGCUUGGAAUGGAAGGGACAGCAGAGGCAGAUGGAUCAACAUUCAGCCCACCUUCAGCGUGGAGUGCGAUGAAGUCCUCCAGGUUGUCCCCGGGACCUUGGAGAUUUCCAGCACCAGCAUCAAACUGAACUGGACCUGCAGGCUCACCGACACCUGCCAGCGCAUUCGGGCCAGGUGCCGGCUGGAAGAGCGUUCCUCCCCUCCCUGUAAGGCUGAAGAGGUGAAGGGAGAGGAGAUGUUACGCGGCCAGGAGGGAACAUUUACAUGCCCCCCUCUGCAGCCCUUCACUGUCUACAGUGUCACCAUCUCCCUGCCCCCCAGCACCAUCCUGUACACACGGCUCCUCACGACAAAGGAAACGGUGCCAGACAAACCGGAGCAGCUGUGGCUGGAUCCCAGCACGGGGUCCCUCAGGUGGGAGCCGCUGCCCUCCUGCAAAGGGGAGAUCAUCGGAUACCAGCUGAACAUCACAUCCAGAAGAGCACACGAUGGCAGCUUCCUUGAAUUCAAGCAGGUGUUGGUGAACCAGUCUGUCACUCAGUACACACCACUUCGUCAGACACCUGGAAGCAAAUAUACGGUGACGGUGCAGGGCCUCACAGUGGCUGGUGCUGGGGCUGCCUCAUUGCUGGAAUUUCAAACCUAUGUCUCGGGGCAGCCUCUGGGCCCGUGGCCUCGGUUGGCGGUCACGGUAGUGGUGAUGGUGUUGGUGUUGGUCCCACUGUCAGCAGGGAUCCUGUGGUUUGUGCUGUCCAGGAAAAGGAAGGCCUUGCCCAGCAAAGCCGAGGAGGAUCAUUACACAGAGCUCCAGCCCUAUGAAAACUUGGAUAAUUACUGUGUGAUCAAGGAGACUAUUUGGGCAGAAGAAGAUGCAGGUGAAGGUGGCCAGGCUGGAGAGCCGUUGCCCCAGCCCUCGCUUGUCCUGGAGCCCUCAGUGAGACAGUGA